AUGAGUGAUGGAUGUAAACUUGAUUCUGGAACUCACAGUCUACCAAUGUUAGAGUUUAAUUGGGUGAUUGAAGUGACAGAUAAGUGGCAAAAGAAUCCAAAAAUCGUUCAGCAGAACCGCAACACCGCAAAUUCUAGUGGGUCAAUAGCAAGACACACCGCGGGUAGUAUAGGAUUUGACCAGCACCGUAGGAAAUUAGAGGGGUAUCUACAGGGGUUGGUCAACAAAUUUGGUGAAGGUCCUUCAAAUCGUAAGGAUGAUGUAGAUGUAUGGGAGGAAAGCCAACUUAGAAGAAAAGGAAAAAAGAAGGGUGCUAUCUAUGGGAAAGGAGCAUCGGAUAUACAUUUUUUGGUUUUAGGGACUCCAUCUUCCCAAUCCACCCAGUCCACCCAGUCGGAUAGCACGCAACAAGAGGUAUGUUGA